AUGGUUGCUUUCGACCUGAAACUGGAAAAUAACAGAAUUCUGCCGGAAACUUCGGCAACCAGGCACGACGUUCCCGCCUUUCGCGGCAUUGAAUACCUGGCAUACCGCACCGAGUUGCGCGUCCUGCGGCGCCAACUGCUGGCCUUGCAGGAGUGGGUAGUUGCCAACGGUCAUCGGGUUGCCAUAGUGCUGGAAGGCCGCGACGCCGCCGGCAAGGGCAGCAUCGCUUCCGCCAUCACCCAUUACCUGAACCCCAGUUACUCAGGAAUCAUCAGCCAGGGCAUACCUACGGCCCAGGAAAUGCGCAACUGGUUGGGCCACCACUACAAGCUGAUGCCCGAGCCCGGGGAAAUGCUCGUGUACGACCGGUCAUGGUAUUCCCGCGCGCUGAUUCAGCCAGCCAUGGGUUACUGCACCAUGCGCCAGUACCACUACUUUUUGAGCAAGGUCAACGACUGGGAACGUGAACUGGUGGACGAGGGAGUUACCUUCAUAAAGUUAUACCUGUCCGUCUCCCGCGAGUCCCAGGACCUGCGGUUCCGGAUUCGGCAGGACAGCGACCUCCAGUACUGGAAGUAUUCGGCCAACGACCGCAAGGUGGCCGAACGGUGGCAGUUGCUAACCUACUUCAAGGAGCGAAUGUUCGCUGUAACCUCCACCGACUAUGCCCCCUGGAUAAUCAUUGAGUCGGACAACAAGCAGCAGGCCAGGCUGAACGCCAUCCACUACAUCCUGACCCGCUUUGAAUUCGAAGGAAAGGACCUCAGGCCCGAGGUCAUUUACCAGGCCCCUGACAUGGAUAUGCUGACCGACAUGAUUGUGGACGGCGUGUUGUUUACUGGGCUAAAUCGCGAUCAAGUAGGAAUUCUGGAGCGAAUACUGAUACAUGAAUAG